UUUUUAUGCAAGUGUAGCACUGCUCCUAUUGAUAACUCGUACUCUCGGCCUCACCUCACGGCCUGCUCUUUUGAGCCAAAGAGAAGCAGAUGGCUUCUUGCCUCCUCCACCCUUAUCCACCGGGGCUCCCUCACCCUCGCGCCAAUCCCACUCCCGCCUCCCACCAACCCACCCGCCUCAAGUGGGGCCUCUGCCGCCGGCGCCGGCGCCGCCACCUCCUCCGGUGCCUCGCUGCCUCCGCGGUUACCUUGCAGAGGGAACUGAUGCUGCCCAGUCCAGGAACCGCCCAGAACCCCGGCCCGGCGAACCCGCGUAACCUGUUCGACAGAAUGCCUGAGAGGAGCGACGCGAAGAUUGCGAGCGCGGCUAACCUGUUCGACGAAAAGCGUCGGACGAGCGGCAAGAACGCGAGCGUCGGACGUGGCCAGCCCAAGGGCGGCGAGAAGGGCGACAGCGCGGCGUUCGUGGCGCUGGCGCAUGCCGGUAGGCACGCGGAUGUCGUCGAACUCUUCUGCAGGACGCAGAGUGAGGGCGUCACUGUGAGCAGGUUCGUGCUGCCGAGCGUGCUCAGGGCCUGUUCCGGCCUGCGAGACAGCAGCAUGCUCCGAGCCGUGCACGGCCUGGUCAUCAAGUGCGCGCUGCGCCAACGCGUCGUCGUGGGUACUGCAUUGGUCGAUGGGUAUGUUGAUUUUGGAUUGGUGGGUGAUGCAAAGAAGGCGUUCGACGAGAUAAGCGAGGCGAAUGUUGUUUCUUGGAGUGUGAUCAUUGGCAGCUAUGCCCGUUCUUCUCGCUGGGACGAAGUGUGGGAUGCAGUCUGUGCCAUGCAGCGCGCGGGCGUGCUUCCAAAUGUUUCUGUUAUUGUAAUGGCAGUUCAGGCAUGCGGCGCAGUAGGGUGCCUGGUCCGCGGGAAGCAGAUGCACACCAUGGCAGUUGUCCUCGGAUUUGAAAGGAAUGCCACCGUGUGGAACUGCCUCAUUGACAUGUACGGGAAAUGUGGUGACAUGGACAGUUGCAGGAGGGUAUUUGACACAACGAUCAGCAGGGAUCAAGUGAGCUGGAAUACGAUCAUCUCAAGUUAUGUCCGUCUUGGUCUUUGCCAAGAGGCACUAGAGAUGAUUGUUCAAAUGCAAGAGUCUGGUUUCACUAUUGAUCGUUUCACCCUUGGCAGCGGAGUUGCAGCAUGUGCCCACUUGGCUGAUAUAGACAGUGGUCGUGCAUUCCAUGGUUAUUUGAUUAGAAGAGCAUUAGAUACUGAUGUCAUCCGGGGCAGCGCACUUGUUGACAUGUAUGGUAAAUGCGGCUACAUGGAACUUGCUCGAUUGGUAUUUCACAGGAUGGAUGAGAGGAAUUAUGUCUCAUGGGAUGCACUCUUGUCUGGGUUUGUUGAAAAUGGGCUGGUUGAUUCAGCACUUGACAUUUUCAGACAAAUGGAGUCCACAAAUAUAAAGCCUAACCAACAUACCUUCGCUAACCUUCUGAGGCUCUGCGGUGAUAGAAGGUAUAAAGAAUAUGGAAGGCAAAUUCAUGGCUAUGCCAUUAAGGUCAUAAACCAGAUGAAUGUAGUUCUGGAAACUGAGCUUAUCGACAUGUACGCAAAGUGUGGCUGCAUUGAAGUGUCCCAGUUACUAUUUCUCAGGAUGAAUGAGAGGAACUUGAUAUCAUGGAACACACUGCUUUCAGGUUACGUAGGUGAUGGACAACCAGUUGCCACAAUAAACAUUUACCGUCAGAUGGAGCGGGCGUGUGUUAGGCCCGACCAUUACACUUUGGCAGGGCUUUUAAACCUGUGCCGGUUCCACGGGCUUUCGCAUUAUGGGAGGCAGAUACAUGCUCGUCUGAUCAAGAUAGGCUCUGAAAUGAAUGUUGUAUUACAAACUUUACUUGUUCAUAUGUAUUUCAAGUGUAGACGAUGGCGGGAUGCUCACAAUGUUUGCACACUGAUCAGAGAGAGGAAUUCCCAUGUGUACGAAGCAUUUUUCAAGGUAUAUGGAGAUGACUACUUGAUCUGAGGACAAUAGAAUGGCUCAUUAUGGAGUAGAGUUAGAAUAUGUAAGAAUGCAGUUUUCAGUAUUCACUGUGAAUACACAUCUUAGAUGCAGAUACUGUGUUGGGUGUAAACAAGGAUUAGUAGUUUUUGGUGCUCUUUAUCACUAACUUCAGUGACUUGUAUCGUUGUCUUGUAAUUGUUUUAAGAAAGGAGGAAUCAUCUCCUGGAAGAAAGGAAUGAGAGAGAAGAAAAUUACAAUUUUCACCAAUAUUGCUUCUCAGGUUCUGCAUUCAUACUGGUUUGCUGAAGUUUCCUGAGCAUUUGUAUCAAUUUCUUUUUAGAUGUGAGCAUCUAUCUAUGUUACAGAGCAACUGUUUAAUACCUAAGUUCCAAAAUAUUUAUCAAAUCAAGGUUGUGGUGUCA